AUGCUAGCGCGCUUCAGAUGGUUGACACGUUCAGCGCAAUGUUUCCUGCGACCACAGGAAGCCCGACGCUGGCUUUCCAGCAUUGGCGACGUACAUCCACCGGCACUUCGUGAAGAAGGGAUUCGACUUCGCGAAUACCAAGAAGAAUGUAUCCAAUCGGUUCUGUCCUACCUUGACAAGGGCCACAAACGGCUGGGAAUCUCGCUCGCCACAGGCAGCGGCAAGACGGUCAUUUUCACUCAAUUGAUCGAUCGUGUCGAGCUACGGAACCAAAAUGCUCAGCAGACGCUCAUCCUUGCCCACCGGCGAGAGUUGGUCGAGCAAGCGGCCCGUCAUUGCCUGAAAGCGUAUCCUGAGAAGAGCAUCGAUAUCGAGAUGGGGGAGACACACGCUUCCGGUGCCGCAGAUAUCACGGUCGCCUCGGUUCGCAGUCUGCUGUCUGGAGACCGUCUUAGCAAGUACCGCCCGGACAGAUUCAAGCUUGUGCUAGUCGACGAAGCGCAUCACAUCGUAGCGCCUGGUUAUCUGCAAGUCUUGGAACACUUCGGGUUGGAGGAAGCCCGAGAGACAGGGCCAGCUCUGGUCGGUGUCUCGGCGACGUUCUCGCGCUUCGAUGGGUUGAGGCUGGGCGCCGCGAUCGACCAUAUUGUCUACCAUAAGGAUUAUGUGGACAUGAUCGGCGACAAGUGGUUGUCGGACGUCAUGUUCACAACGGUCAAGUCACGAGCAGAUCUGUCUAGGGUUCGGUCAGGAAAAGACGGCGACUUCCAGCCUGGGCAGCUCUCAGCAGCAGUCAAUACCGAAGUCACAAACGAGAUCACAGUUCAGGCAUGGAUGGCUGAAGCGAGAGAGCGCAAGUCGACACUCGUCUUCUGUGUUGACCUCAACCACGUGGCGAGCUUGACCUCGUCCUUCCGCAAACACGGCAUCGACGCCCGAUACAUUACAGGAUCCACGAAGAAAAAGGUACGGGGCGAACGACUGGAAGCGUUCAAGAACCGUGAAUUUCCGGUCCUGUUGAAUUGCGGCGUUUUUACUGAAGGCACCGACAUGCCCAACAUCGACUGUGUUCUUCUUGCCCGGCCCACCAAGUCUCGCAACCUGCUCGUCCAGAUGAUCGGCCGUGGCAUGCGCCUGUAUCCCGGAAAGACAGACUGUCAUAUCAUCGACAUGGUGGCGUCUCUGGAAACGGGCAUCGUCACGGUCCCGACCCUUUUCGGCCUCGAUCCAUCUGAGAUGGUCAAGGAUGCCCGACCCGACGAGCUGAAAUCCCUGAAAGACAAGAGGACGAACGAGGAACGGACCAUGUCUGACCGUGGCCCUGCUGCGUCCGGUCCUGUCCAAGCUCAAGCUGCUGGAUCCGACCAUCGUCUCGACUUCACGCAUUAUGAUACAGUCCAAGACCUGAUUGAGGACACCUCGGGCGAACGACACGUGCGUUCCAUGUCUCCUAAUGCCUGGGUUCAGGUUGACUCGCACAAAUACAUCCUUGCGGCGAGGGGUGGAAUUCUGACGCUCGAACGUCAAGCCUCUUCCGACUCAGCAGGGAAAUCCGACUCACCAGCAUCGAACAACUAUGUUGUGAUUUGGAAACACCCGCUCCCGCUGAGCGAGGCAAGCAAAUCGCCUUGGUCCCGCCCGCGCACCGUCGCCACGGCAGCCACGUUGUCGGACGCCCUCCACGCUGCCGACACCUUCGCUUCUACCAAGUUUGAACGUAUUUUCAUCGCCACGAGCUCGUCGUGGCGCCGAAGCCCCGCCUCCGACGGUCAGCUAAACUUCCUCAACCGGAUGCGCGACAUCUCCGAAGAUGGAUGCCAGCCCUUGACGGAGGCUGACAUCACCAAAGGUCAGGCGGGUGAUAUGAUUACGAAGAUCAAAUUCGGCGCACGCGGACGGUUUGAUAAACUGCAAGUGCUGAAGAGGAGGACGGAGAGGAAACUAGAAAAAGGCCGAAAGGUCAAGGAGAUGAAGGAGCGUGAAAUUGUGAGGGUUGGGCCGCUGAUCUCUUAG